CUGACUCGUUUGAUCGGUAUCGCGAUUAAACAAUUUUGUAACCGAGAACGCGCUAAUUAAUUUAAAAAGUACGUCUUCAGUUCGCAUUCCAAUCUCAAAUUGCGCGGGAUAAGACGUGUUUGAUUGACAAUUAAUGUUUUGUCAUUUUUUGUCACUUUUGUGUCAAAUUUUGUGAAUGGUGUUUAAUAAUGUACAAUACUAAAAUCGCGUGUAUUAUUUUUUAAUCUUUAUACAUUGCAUUCAGUUAGUUGACACAUUGAACUUUUGUAAAUUCUUGUUGUCUUCCGAUUUGCUAGAUUGUUAUUGUGUGUAAACAAAAUCCAAAAAUGGAGAAGACCGGUGGCUCCAGACUGCUGCAGAUGCAAGCCCGGUUCCAACAGAAACAGAUGCAAGAACGAGAGAUGAAGAUAGCCUCUCUUUACGAAGCCCAGCAGGCAAGGGCCCUCGACAGGGUGCGGCAUUCCCCCAGUAACGUUGGACAUGCGUCACCGCCACAGCCACAGCCGGCACCGCCGGGGAAGGUGCGACAAAUGUUCGAAGAGCGUCGAACGAAAGGCAUUGACAAGAGCUACCCUCUCCAGCCGAUACACAACACGGAGCGGGCGGCGGCGCGGAAGCCUCUGCCCAACGGCUACAGCAAGGUCACCACCUCCAAGCUCAGCGUCGAGAGGAAGACCAGCAAGAUGCACACCAGCAUCAGCUCACACAGCGUUAAGAAACAACAACAGCAUAAAACAGAAAACAUAGUCAACGGAUCCGGAGAUCUCAACCACAAUCACGAACCGGAUCUGAAUUCUGUUAAACAUGCGUUGCCACAGAGUAACGGCGAACUCAUCACUCCCUCGGACCAGCUAGACGCCGUCGAGAACAACUACCUGAUCGAGAACGAGACAUUCCCUGAAGCCCUCGCCCCCACACCCACGCCGCGCUCACCAGACCCACCAGUAGAGGUCAAGAAACCUCCGCCUAGAAGAAGUACUCCUCAGCGGAAUAGUCCAGUCAAACCCAAACCACACACAACACCAGCUGCACCUCCACCAAGAAAAGCCAUCAGUGAAAAUGCUGUGCCGGAGAGCAACAAGGCCCGCGGGGCCAUGCAACGGAGCGUUAACCCGGCUGUACCACGUCGACAUCCACAAGUAAGUUCGAACAGCGCGGGGUCGGGCAGCAGCGCGGGCCCGGCCAAGCGGUCGUCCUCGACGGCCUCGGCGGCGGCGGGGGGGGGCGCGGGCGCGGCCUGCGCGGUCUGCGGGCGCCGCUUCGCCGCCGACCGCAUCGACAAGCACCAGGACAUCUGCCGCAAGGCGCACGCUAAGAAGAGGAAGCCCUUCGACGCGCUCAAGCAUCGGCUAGCCGGCACCGAGGCAGAGCCAUUCAUAAGCAAGCUCCGGAAAAACCCGACUACGCCGGGAUCCUCGACGAAGGUCAACAAGAACCUGAACGGUAACUGGAGGCAGAAGCACGAGGAGUUCAUCCAGGCCAUCCGCGCCGCCAAGCAGGUGCAGGCGCAUAUUAACGCAGGAGGCAAGCUAAGCGACCUCCCUCCGCCGCCGCCCUCAGAGAACCCGGACUACGUGCAGUGUCCGCACUGCGGGCGCCGCUUCAACCAGCAAGCCGCCGAGCGACACAUUCCCAAGUGUGCUGACUACCAGUUCAACAAGCCCAAGCCCGGUACCAAGCGCCGGUAACUGCUGCUGGCCCGGACACCGAGUGACUGACCGACUGGUGAUUACUGAACCAACGCGGUGAACGAAAAUAGUGCAUUUGCCCUUACAAUUUUCAUUAGAUAACUAAAAAUCUGUAUAAAAUACCGUUCAACCAGCUGACUAUAUUAACUGGCGAUUAUUGGUAACUGUGACUAGUGUCACUCCCGCUGAUCGGCUCCUGCCCGGUCGGUGAUCACUCGUGUAUUGUGCUCUACAGUAGGUGUGAUUUUUGGCUGUACUAAUAUUAGGAAUCUAACAAAUUAUACGGUUAAGUACGCAGCCCCGUGCUCUCCUUACCAAACCAUUCGGCGUACAUUAUGCCCGAAGUUAUCAAAAUCGACUAUUACGAAGAAUCUUCAUUCGGGGUGCUUGACUUUAUACUACAAAUUACUUUUACAUACACUUUGUUUUACUUGGUGAAGUCAUUUUACGAUAUAAUAAGUCCUAAUCAGAUUUACUACUAAGAUGGAUCUUAGCGAAACGUUUGCGUAUGAGAUGCUGGACUACAGGAAGCGACGUCCACACAGCAACUUCUCUCUAGAAAACUUCAUCCUGCGCGUGUGUCUGGCGUCCCUGGUCUACUACUCGCUGUGGUCAUUUAUCACGUACGUGUACGAACUCACUUGCAACUCGGAGGAUGAAGACGAAUGAGAGGAUGAUGAACAUCUAGUAUUUUCGGAUAUGUUAUAGGAUUUGUACGUUCAUUUUAAUUCUGCCCUUUAUUCGUAAAUCAAACACUUAUUUAUAACUCGUACAAAAUAAUAUUUGAGAAAUAAUUGACGUUAAAUGCCCAAACGUGAAUUUGUAUUUAACGUAAAUUACACUAAAUACUUUAACAUACAUUUUAGUAAGUACUGUAGACGUUUUUGUACGUAAAUUACGACAUUUUUUACUUCAACGAUUUAAUGUAAGUACUUCGUACAUCGCCAUAACUAAUGUCGGGACCUAAUUAAGAUAAUGAACAAGUUAUAAUUACAAUAAAAGAUUUUAGUCAAUCGAUAGAUUGAUGUUUGUACAAAAGAAUUAAGCUUUUUAAAAUGUUAUUAACAAUGCAAAUGUUAUUGGAAUAUUAAAAUGUACUUUAUUAUUUUGUAAAA